UGUUUGCCAAUUCUGACCAGAAAACUCCUCUUUAUCCCCAACUUUCUUUACCUACACCUGAAAAGGAUAUUGAGAAAUUUGUAAAUGCUCCUCCAUAUAGCCCUCCAGUCCAACAAGAACAGGUUACUGGGAAGGUUAAAGCAGCCAUAGCUCAGGCUGCAGCCUCAGGAUUAUUAUCUAUGGAAGAAAUGGGAGACUGGGAGGGUACAAUUUCAGCUUUUCCCGUUACAUAUCAGCCAGAUCCUAAUAAUGCUAAUAAUCGCAUAGCAACUUGGACAGCUCUUCCGUUUUCUGUUAUUAGAGAAAUAAAUAAGGCAGUAAGAGAAUAUGGGAUUACGGCUAAUUAUGUACAAGGGAUGUUGGAAGGAGUAGCUACUGGAUAUAACAUGAUCCCUCAAGAUUGGAAGGAUCUCUUUAGGAUGAUUUUGACUCCUUCGCAAUAUGUAGUUUGGGACCAAGAAUUUAGACAUGCUGCUAUAGCAGCUGGGGAUGCUAAUAUCAUUCCCGAGCAAAUUUAUGGGUCAGGUAAUUUUGCUACCAUAGCACAACAAGGGGUAUUGCCUGAAGCCGCAUUUCAUCGAACUGCUGAGUGUAUACAGAAAGCAUUUAAAAAGGUGCCUGCUGGGAAAGAACCCUUACGUUCUUUUACGAAUGUACGGCAGCAAGCAACAGAGCCCUAUUUUCAGUUUGUUGACCGUUUGAAAGAGGCUCUGACACGGCAGGUUGAUAACCCUCAGGCACAAGGGGAAUUAUUGUUAAAAUUAGCUUACGAGAAUUCUAACACAGACUGUAAAAAGAUUUUGAAAAACAUUAUUCAUAGACCUCAAUAUGAAUUGGGAGACAUGAUUCAAGCUUGUGCAGAGGUAGGUACACAUGUUCAUGCCAUGACAUUGUUAGCUGGGGCAUUAAGACAGGGUAACAAACCUACAGGCAAUUGUUUUAAUUGUCAAAAGCCUGGUCAUUUCAGAAGGGAAUGUCGGGCUCCUGGCGGAGGAGCAUUUAAAGGUGGGGGCACUGUUACAAACCGGCCAAAGAAAAUCUGUCCGAAAUGUAAAAAGGGUUAUCAUUGGGCUAAUCAGUGUCGUUCAGCUCCCACUACCAAUACCAAUGUGUCUUCCCGUCCUAUUGAGGGAAACUGAACUUGGGGCAGGCUUCCAGCCCCGAAUCUCAAGGAAGUGUACCCACCCCUGCUACUCAAGGAAGCGCUGGAAUUGAUUUAAUACAUGCAGAGUCAAAAGAUGUUCCUUUGCCUGGAGCAGUUCUUUUAAUGCCUACCACACUCACUGGCCCUUUACCAGAAGGCACCGUAGGCCUUGUACUACCGCGAUCCUCUGCUUCCAAGAAUAAUAUAAUGGUGGUACCUGGUGUUAUUGAUUCUGAUUAUCAGGGAAUUAUUUAUAUUCAGUAUUGGAGUCACCUUCCCCUUCAGUUGAAGAAGGGAGAUUCUUUUGCGCAACUAUUGUUAUUGCCAUAUCGUCUUUUCACAUCGAACACUUCCUCCCAAAAACGUACUGGUGGAUUCGGAUCUACAAGGACGAAAUCGCCGAGUGUGAGUAUUUCAGGUAAUCCUUUCCAUCCACAGGUAGCUGCAGUACUGGCAGAAGUGACCAGGGAGAAACCGGUUCCGGCAUUUUCAGCAGUCGGAGUCUCUACCUGCCCCGCGGGUGCAGUUUCGGCAACUACCAAAUCCAGAGUGGAAAGGCCCAGUUCCGCUUAUAACGUGGGGUCGAGGUUACGCGGCUGUGUCUACGCCUGACGGUCCUGUGUGGGUACCUGCUAGGUGUAUCCGGCCCUGGAAAGACGAUGUCCUGGCACGAUAAUCUUAAGAAUCCCAUCCCUAAUUUUUCUCUGCAACUUCAGGAUACUGGGAUGUCUUCCAGGAAGCGUGGUCGGAAUGUUCCGCAACCUCCCGUGACUUGGGGCCAGAUAAAGAACUUAGCAACACAAGCAGAAAAAGCAAUGGAACAAGCCGGGGUGGACAAGACAACUGAGAAUACCAUUCUUGCUUUAAUUGCGUCUUUAAAUACAAAUUCUAUUUUUGUACUUUGCAUUUGUUGGAUUUUAGGAAGCGCCGGGGCUGACAGGUUGGGGCAGGAGUUGGGGAUGCGGUUUCAACACAAUAUCUGGGUUCAGUUAGCAAGAAUGACAAAUGUGAGUGACUUUUGCAUGACUGAACAUGUACAGGAAAUGGGUAUGUUGGGAACAUGUUUAAUACCCGUAUGCAAAGCACCUGGGGAUAUUGGGAACAUUACAGGACUUGGGCGGUUCAUGAAUACUUCAGAGAUUAAAUAUCAUACUGUUUCGAAUUGGGGAACUCCAACCUUCCAGCUGCCUGUUAAUGCUUUUCAAUUAUUUACAUCACAUGUUGCAAAUUCCAUUAAUAAUACGUGUGCUCGGAUGGUUAAUUGUAGUCGACAUAAGGUGCAGAAGGGAUGUCUAAAGGUUGGGAGACCCACAUGGAAUUGUA